GUGAUUGAGACCAGUCAAACUGACAGGACGGUCGGUCGUCAGAGCGCAGACGUUUUUGGACAAUCUGUCCUUUGGGAAUUCGCUGUUUUUUAUUUUUUUAAAUUAGAGUAAAAUGGAUCAUUCCACAUGUUUGUUUUUAGUUUUGUUGUUGGAUUUAGUGUCAGGCGGCGCCUUCUGACCGACCUUCCACCGUGCGCUCCCAUCCUUUUCUCAUGGUGCACUUUAUCCUGAAGCACCGCAGCGCGCUUUGGAACUCUGAGAUGAAGUCAACGGCAACCUUAUCAGGCUUUAUGGAUUAUUUCAAAUGGCUUGACACACAGACAUAUAUUGGCUUCUGAUCUGUGGCUGACGGACUUCAGCGCGCUCAGACGGACUUUGGUUGCCAUCCCGCAUUCGGAGAGACGAGUGCAGCUCCGGGGCAGAAACAUUUGGGACUCCGAAGAGCUCAGCGGGACAACAUCAUGUCCAACUGCUGUCUUGCUUUAGUCGGAUUGUGGUGGAGCGCUUAUUACUGCAUCGUCCUGGUGUCGGGGAGUAAUUAUUCACUGGAUGGGAACAACGAAGUGCACCAGAGUUUCAUCCACCGGCGGCUGCGGACGCACGAGAAGAGGGAGAUGCAGAAGGAAAUUCUCUCCAUCCUGGGCCUGCCGCACAGACCCAGACCGCACAUAUCGCACGGAAAGUUCAACUCCGCUCCACUUUUCAUGCUGGACUUGUACAACACCAUAUCCACGGACGAGAAAAGCCAUGUGGAAGGCUUGCUGGACCGAUAUCAGUCGGCGCGCACAACUCAGAGCCCUCAUCUGGCCACGUAUCAAGAAACUGCCUUUCUGAAUGAUGCAGAUAUGGUGAUGAGCUUCGUCAAUCUGGUGGAGUACGACAGCGAGUUCUCCCCACAGCGCCGACACCACAAGGAGUUUAAGUUCAACCUCUCGCAGAUCCCGGAGGGCGAGGCCGUCACUGCAGCCGAGUUCCGUCUCUACAAGGAGUGUGUGAGUCGCACAUUCCGCAAUGACACCUUCAUACUUAAAGUAUACCAGGUGGUCAAGGAGCACCCAGACAGGGAGGCAGACUUGUUCCUGCUGGAAUCUCGCCACUUAUGGGCAGCAGAAGAAGGCUGGCUGGAGUUCGACAUCACAGCCACCAGUAACCUGUGGGUGAUGAGUCCAGAGCACAACCUGGGGCUGCAGAUCAGUCUGGAGACCAGCAGUGGACAGAGCAUCACACCCAAGGAGGCGGGGCUCGUGGGACGUGAUGGCGCGCUGGAGAAACAGCCUUUCAUGGUGGCAUUCUUCAAAGUCAGUGAAGUGUACGUCCGCACCACCCGCUCCACUGGAGGCAAAAGGCGCCAGCAGAAUCGCAACAGGUCCACGCAACCACAGGAGGGAUCCAGAACGUUGGGCCUUGCAGAUUAUAACAGCAGUGAUCAGAAAACAGCCUGCAGGAGACAUGAGCUCUACGUCAGCUUCCGAGAGCUGGGCUGGCAGGACUGGAUCAUUGCUCCUGAGGGCUACGCUGCAAACUACUGUGAUGGAGAGUGUUCCUUUCCCCUCAACGCCCACAUGAAUGCCACCAAUCACGCUAUUGUACAGACACUGGUGCACCUAAUGAAUCCUGAGAACGUACCGAAGCCGUGCUGCGCCCCCACCAAACUCCACGCCAUCUCGGUGCUUUACUUUGACGACAACUCCAAUGUCAUUCUGAAAAAAUACAAGAACAUGGUAGUGCGGGCCUGCGGCUGCCACUGACACGACAGCGCUCCAGCCUAAAAGGAGCACAGGGCUACAACUGCACCAGCAUCUUCUCAAGUAGAUAUCCUUUUCUUCACUGUGGAUUUUAUUUUCCUAUGGGCGUCAACCCAGAAAUAUUGUUCUCAUCUUUUGGUUCAGAAGCCAUGGACAGCUCUGAAGCUGAAGUGACAAGGAAAUGAAAAAAAA